ACAUUGUUUUCAAAGUCUCGCUUAAUUCCUCCAUUUAUUCAUUAACUUCGGGAAGAGGAAACAAAACACAUAUAAUUAAAUACGGUUAAAGAUACUGGAAGACUCAUAAUUCUAAAAUACAACACGUCAAGAUAAAAGCGAAACAAGUGUUUUCUCAACAAAUUACAACUACAUGCCACUGUUACCAGAAUGGCAUUAUCCUCGUAUCAACACUUUGUUAUUAUUAUCAUGCUACUUAUAGCUGGUAUUUACGUUCUAAGAGUGUCAAAUCCUUAUCACCACCAUGUGCAGUCGUGCACAAGCUCAUUUGGUGGUUACGACAAAGAAUUUAUUAACAGACAAAACGUUACUGCUUAUUCUAGACAGGUGAACGAACUAGCGAGCUUUGUUGCAAGCUUUAAUUCAGAGGCGGGCGUGACAUCGGAUGUGUAAACUUUGUUAUGUGAAACUCUUAUUCAUGGCGCGAUCAAUUCGUUCGGCCGAUAUCCACUCAUAAUUAACGAAGUGACAAGAUUGAUGGACCUGCUAGCUCAACGUGAUUUCUCACCUGAAGAUCACAUCCUCAUUUCAAAAUGGCUGAACAGGUGGACGAUGUUUGUUAGCGAAGAGCAAACCGCGAACACCAUUGUGAGUCUGUCGCAUGAUGUAGUCGCACGAGGUAAAACCAUUGAUUUGUCUCAGAAGAAAAGAACGCACAAAAACAAAAAGGGCACUGCAAAGCCAACUUGUCAACAACUAGUUCUCAAAAACACGUCAGAUGAGCUACACGAUCCGAAUAACACGGCCUUAACAGAUAUUGAAUGUGAGUACAAUAGAGAUGGCGGCCAAAUUGAUAUCUGCAUUUCAACAAAUCACAUUGAUCACAGCGUGGGAAAUGGAAAUGCUGUACACAUUCCUACGCUGCUUAACACAGGUGACGUUCUGCAGUCUGCAAACAAUUUAAAUGAUUGUCUGACAACUGAAAUGAUAAGCACAGACGACGCCACGCAAUAUAUUAACAAUUUAGACAACGAACACAUGCCCAACCUGUUUGACACAGAAUGCGUUGUACAAUCCGUGAACUAUAUAGGCGACGAACAGACUAACCUGUUAGGCACAGAUGACGUCAUGCAAUCUGAUAACAGUGGUGAUGAUGAACAAACGCUUAACAUAAUGCCCUUUCCAGGUACAUUUCUACCUCAAACUCGCAUGUCAACUUACAAAAACAGAACGAGAAGAAUGACAGCAUCGGUUAGAUAAAUGCGUCACAAAGGAACAGAAACCAACAAAUGAUUUGGAGAAUACCGAGGAAGAACACUAUCAUCAUAUGUAGCUUAUUUUAAUAUCAGAGAAGACAUCUGCAAUUUACUGUUACAACAACCUUUGACAAAGUUAUAUUAUUGUUCUUUG